AUGGCGCGUGGAGCAACCUUAGUCUACUACUUGCUGGCUGCUGGCCUCGUGGCUGGCCAAGGCAUCUAUAGCUCCAAGUCUCCUGUUCUCGACGUGAAUGCGAAGAACUAUGACAGUCUCAUUGCACAGUCUAACCAUACUUCUAUUGUCGAGUUCUAUGCACCAUGGUGCGGACAUUGCCAGAACCUCAAGCCAGCCUACGAGAAAGCAGCUAAGAGCUUGACUGGCCUAGCAAAGGUCGCUGCGGUCAACUGCGACGAUGAAUCCAACAAAGCCUUUUGCGGUCAAUUCGGUGUUCAGGGUUUCCCUACUCUAAAGAUUGUGAAACCGGGAAAGAAGCCAGGCAAGCCCAUUGUUGAAGACUAUCGGGGUUCAAGAGAAGCAAAGGGUAUUGUCGAGGCUGUCACAGACAAGAUCACAAACCAUGUCAAGAGAUUGAAGGCAGAUACACUGGACGCCUGGGUGCAGGAGAGCACCCGACCAAAGGCCAUCCUCUUCAGCGAGAAAGGCACUACUGCUCCUCUCGUCAAGGCAUUGGCAAUCGACUUCCUUGGGGCUAUUGACUUUGCUCAGGUCCGGAACAAAGAAACCGCUGCUAUCGAAAAGUACGAAGUAACCAAGUUUCCGACCAUCGUGCUGCUCCAUGGCAGUGAUACCUCUAAAUACGACGGCGAAAUCAGCAAGGAUACUCUUACCCAGUUUCUUAGUCAAGCCGCUGCGCCGAAUCCUGACCCUACUCCCAAGAAAGCCAAAGCCAAACCGUCUACUACUAAGAAAGAGAAGGCAGCUUCAGCAUCCUCAGAGUUCUCAAAAGCAUCGGAGAAGCACAAAUCAUCUGAUUACCAGGAGCAUAUGGACCAUGCUAGCACCGUCAUUCUGGAAGAUGAACCACCAACUGAAUCGCCUAUACCAAUUGUCGAGCACAAGCAGAAGCCAAUGGUUGUGCCAGAUGUCGCUCCUGCUCUUCCCACCCUGGAAUCAGCUUCAGAACUACGAACCUCGUGUCUACAACCUGACAGCACUCACUGUGUACUUGUUCUGUUGCCUGCCAAAAAAGAUGCUACCUCGGAGUGCGCAGGCACUGCUGCGGAUGUUCUCGCUGGUUUUGCGACGGUCGAAGACAAAUACAGCAAGAGAAAAGCCAACAUCUUCCCCACCUACGCUGUACCAGCGACCAACGAAGACACCACAACCAUCCGAAAAGUCUUAGACCUCAAGUCUGAGGACGAGGUUGAUGUCGUCGUCCUUAACAUGAAAAAGAGAUGGGCUAAGAAGUAUACUAAACCGUCCUUCGAUGUGAAGAACAUCGAAAGUUUCAUGGACGAUAUUCGCUUUGGCGAAGGCACUAAGCAGAAGCUGCCUGCUGACUUCUUCACUAACCCAGAACCUUCCUCAGAGUCAACGGCUGCAAUGCCAGAGCCCGCUCACGAUGAGCUGUAG